CCUCACCCAGGAAAAAACCGGUCUGGUCCCCUCGUCCUCGGUGAACUAUUCCCCACUGUCACUACUGGGCACCACUCUCACGCAGCGGGAGGCGCGUGUCGUGAGCACACGUGUGGUUGUUUGCGUGCGCCAUGGCGAACCAGGACGUGGUGCUCCGCCCGGACAUGGGCGGCAUAGCUUCGGCCGCGGCCAUGCCGGGCUCCUCCAGCCGCCCGAUCUUCGCGUGCCGCGGCGCCGCGUCGACCUCCCUGCGGCGCCGCUCCGGCGUCGACGACGACUACGGCGCCCGGUCACCCUGCGCCACAAGCUGGGUCGUCCAGGCCAUGCGGGCGUCUUCGCCGGCUCGCUCCGCAGCUGUCGACGAGUACGCCGCGUGGACGAGGAAGCACCCGUCGGCUCUGGCUAGCUUCGAGCAGAUCGCGGCCUCCGCCAAGGGGAAGCAGGUGGUCGUGUUCCUGGACUACGACGGCACGCUCUCGCCCAUCGUCGCCGACCCCGACACGGCGUUCAUCACCGGCGAGAUGCGGGAGGCGGUGCGCGGCGUUGCGAAGCACUUCCCGGCGGCGAUCGUCACCGGCCGGUGCGUGGAGAAGGUGUGCAGCUUCGUAGGCCUCUCGGAGCUCUACUACGCGGGCAGCCACGGCAUGGACAUCAAGGGCCCAGGCUCCAACGCGGAGGAGGUCCUCCUGCAACCUGCUCGCGAGUUCCUCCCGGUCAUCGCCGAGGUCUACGAGGCUCUGGUGGAGAAGACCAAGAGCACGCCGGGGGCCAGGGUGGAGAACAACAAGUUCUGCCUCUCCGUGCACUUCCGGUGCGUAGAUGAAAAGAGAUGGAGUCCAUUGGCCGAGCAAGUCAAGGAGGUGCUCCGGGACUACCCCGAUCUCAGGCUCAACGAAGGCAGAAAGGUCCUGGAGAUCCGGCCGUCCAUCAUGUGGGACAAGGGCAAGGCCGUGGAGUUCUUGCUCCAAUCUCUGGGAUUCGACGGACGCAGCGACGUCCUGCCGCUGUACCUCGGGGACGACCGCACUGACGAGGAUGCUUUCAAGAUGCUGAGAAAGAGAGGUCAUGGCCUCGGCAUCCUUGUCUCCAAGUGCCCUAGGGAGACCGACGCCUCCUACUCUCUUCAGGACCCCACUGAGGUUAUGGAGUUCCUUCACCGCUUGGUGCAGUGGAAGCGCCGGCGAUCAUCAUCGUCAUCGUCAGCGAUGCGCGCAAGAGUGUAGCGCAGUCACAGACUGCCACAUCAGCGGCUGCUGCUGGCACUGAUUUAUCAAGAAGCUUCAGCAUGUUUAAUUAAGUACUCCCUCCGUAAACUAAUAUAAGAGCAUUUAGAAUACUAAAGUAGUGAUCUAAACGCUCUUAUAUUAGUUUACAGAGGGGGUAGUUUGUUAGCUAAUUUGGUUGUACUUAUUCCAUGCAUGUAAUAACCAUCGCCUAUGUCUAGUUCCCGCUUUUAGUUAACCUUUGUUGCAUGGGUUUGGAAGGCACUGCAUCUGCAAGUUAAGCGGCCCCCCUCACAAUUUUUUCUUUCUUUUUUCCGUUUUGUGGGUACAUUCCCCUGUAUGAUGACUCGUGAUUGCUGGCCAUACCAGUAAAAUGUAACAUAUGUAAGAAUCUUAAUGGCCAGAUUAAUCACCUUGUUUACUUAA